GGUGAACAUCACUUCCUGUUUCGGUUUUCUUACCAGCCCUCGCCAGUCGCUACUAUGGGCCAUCAACCACGCCCACACGCUCCCCGCCCAAAGCGCCCAAGUCUUUUCCGGCGACUCAUAUACCACCUUCUCGUGCUCACCGCCGCCCGCCACAUCCUCGCCGCCAUGGCCAGGCUCGCAACCCUCGUCACCAGCGCCCUCGCCCUCGCCCUCGGGGCCGCGGCGGCGCCGAACGCGCUCGACGCGCGGUGCACAACCACAAUCCUGGCGCCGUACGACACGGUGGUGUUCGACCUGGCGCAGCCCAACGUGGCGGGGUGGUCGACGAACCCCUUCUUCGAGAUCGCGCUCAACAUCGACGGCAGCGGGUACAAGCAGCUGGUGCGGUUCGCGCCGCCGAGCACGGGCACGUGCUCGUGGGUGCUGAGCCUCCCGCAGGCGCGCUACGAGCGCGACGUGCUGCAGAGCCGGCCCUACAACGGCCCCGUGCUGCUGACGUCGUGGGCCGUGCAGCCUGGCGGCUACGCGCCCGGCUUCAAGCUCGCCGACGUCCAGCUCAAGCCCGGCCCCUUCGGCGUCAACGCCAUCCAGCCCGGCGUCCAGACCAUCCACGCCGAGCCCUGCACCCAGAUCGGCGGCGAGUUCUUUGCCGAACUGCCGCCCUGGUCGUCGGACCCAGAGUUUGUCUACUGGAUGAACGAUAUCAAGCCCGCCAAUGCGUCCGACUCGCUCGGCAUCUACAUGCUUGUCCAGCAGUGCUAGGUGCAGAUGCUCUAACAAGCGUGUGAGGGCUGUUUGCGUUGACUGGGAGGAUCAAGUCGAGGUUGCAAUGGAUGGGAGAUAUAAGGAGGCGAACCAUAGUUAUUGACGAGAAAAUGAAUUGAUAUUAGAUUACUGUACAUAGGUUUUUUGAGUUUUUAUAUUUUUUCAAACGACUUUGCCAUCCGCUCAGUACUGUUUUUAGAUAGGCUCUAUACGUGUCCGUUCUAAGUAGAAUUUUUGUCCCUUACGAGCGAUCGGUUAUGUCCAUACUUGAAAGUAUUUGAGUUAAUAUUGCG